AUGGGCGCUCCCGCAAGCUCAUCCUCCAACUCGAAUGGUCCGACCAAACAAGCCACCUUGAAUAAAUUCUUCUCCAAACCUGCUGGCCAUAAACCUGCUCUCGUCCAGGCAACCGUCAACAGUCUCUUCAAUAAACAGAAUCGUAAAAAAUCUGAAGAAAAAGAAGAAGAUACAGGCCAGGGACAUGUCAGUCGUGAUCUGAAACGAGCACCAUCCAUCGAUGUAGAGGAACACGAGAAUCCAGCGAGGAGUUCGAAGCGCGCCAAAUCAAAUCAAACUAAAAAGGCGGAAGAGAAUGAUGAUGAUAAAGACGCGAUUAAAGCAACUGAAGAGCCUAGGGAGGAACCGAAACCAACCAAGAAAAUCUCCAAGAAACAAUCAAAAACGAAAGUUGAAGAAGCAGAAGAGUUAAACGAGCUGAAAGUCUCGAACGAACCUAUCCAGAAAAAAGAAACACCGGUGAUCCAACAGGAGGAGCACACUGACGAGGACGAGGAAGCUGAAGAGUUAGCGAUUCUAGAUUGUGGAGAUGACAUGAAUCAGCAGGAGGGUGGUGUGAGCUGGGAGAAGGGGAAGCCGAUCCCAUAUUCCAGUCUAGCCUAUACAUUCAACCUGAUUGACGGGACGACAAAGCGACUCGAAAUCACCAAAUAUCUGACCCAAUACCUGAUCCAAGUGAUCAGUCGGACGCCCGAUGAACUGCUCAAAGUGAUCUACCUUUGCAUCAACCGACUGUGUCCCGACUACGAGGGAAUCGAACUGGGUAUUGGCGAGUCUCUACUCAUCAAAGCUAUCGGAUCCUUCCAUGGCGUCGCGCAGAUAGUCGAUCACUCAAAAGACUAUUCUCAAGCGAAAAAAGUCGGGAUCAUUACAAAAUUGCUGGCGUCUUGUCAAGGCGAAGAGGCCAAAUUUAUCAUCAGAUCCUUAGAGGGUAAACUACGAAUCGGACUGGCUGAACGGACAGUCCUAGUGGCUCUUGCCAAUGCUGCCGUAAGAACUGGUGUUGGUAACAAGUCGAACUCGAAGCGUAAAAGCUCAUCGGAGGAUUUGGCGAAGGAUAUCCUGGAGGGAACGGAGAUCGUCAAAGCAGUCUUCUCCGAGAUCCCUUCCUACGAUCUUGUGAUCCCAGCCCUACUUCAAGGAGGUAUCAAAGGACUCAGAGAAAAUUGUAAAUUGACUCCCGGGGUGCCGUUGAAGCCUAUGUUGGCGAAACCUACUAAGGCUAUCUCGGAGGUCUUGGAUCGGUUCGAGGGCCACAAAUUCACCUGUGAAUAUAAAUAUGAUGGUGAAAGAGCUCAGAUACAUUUUUUGAGUGAUGGAUCGAUUAGUAUCUUUAGUAGAAAUUCGGAAAAUAUGAGUGUGAAAUAUCCGGACAUGGUAGACCAAUUACCGAGAGCGAUCAAGAAAGACGUAACGCGGAAUUUUGUGUUAGAUGCAGAAGCGGUAGCAUGGGACCGAAGCACCAAGAAGAUCCUACCGUUCCAAGAGCUAAGCAAGCGGAAGAGGAAAGAUGUGAAAGCGGAGGAGAUCACGAUCCAAGUGCACAUCUUUGCAUUCGACUUGCUCUACUUGAACGAUCAGCCGUUGAUCAAUACGGAUUUUAGUCACCGGAGGAGCCUGUUGAAGGAGCAUUUCAAUCAGAUCGAGGGCGAAUUCAGUUUCGCCACUGCGGUCGAUGUCGAUAAUGUCGAGGAGAUUCAGACCUUCCUCGAACAGAGCGUCAAGGCUGGCUGUGAAGGCUUGAUGGUCAAAAUGUUGGACGGCCAGAGCGCGCAUUAUGAACCUAGUAGAAGAAGUAUGAAUUGGCUUAAAGUUAAGAAAGAUUAUCUAGCAGGGAUAGGCGAUUCAUUAGACCUAGUAGUAGUAGGAGCCUACCAUGGGAAAGGAAAACGGACGGCAGUCUAUGGGGCCUUUUUACUGGCCUGUUAUGAUCCGGAGACGGAGAGUUACCAGACGAUCUGCAAAUUGGGCACCGGGUUCAGCGAGGAAGUGCUCGACUGUUUGCAUACCAAAUUGCACCCCUUAGAGCUGACCGUCAAGAAGAAUUACUAUGAUGUCGGCGAGUCCAAGCCUGAUGUUUGGUUCGAACCUAAGCUCGUCUGGGAGGUCUUGGCCGCCGAUCUAAGUCUCAGUCCCGUCUAUAGUGCCGCUAAAGGUUUGUGCGGUGAUGGGACUCGAGGAGUUUCUCUAAGAUUCCCUCGAUACAUUAAAGAAAGAGACGACAAGAAUGGCGAAGAUGCCACAUCAUCCGAACAGGUUGCUGAGAUGUAUAAGAAACAGGCCUCGACUGUGGAUCAGGCCGGAGCUCGGAAUAAGAAAAAGAAAGGUAAAGCUGGGCAGGACGAUAUCGAGGAUGAUUUUUGGUGA